AUGGCUGACAGCACUCGAGUCGCAGCCGGCCACAAGGCCAACCUCAACAACCCCCACACUUCCGUCGAGUCCAAAGUGCACUCCAAGGAAGUGCUCAAGGAGGAGUUCGGCGAAGAUGUUUCUUACAAAGAUGGCAAACACCCCGGUAACGUCGCUGGGGGCCUCAAGGCCGCUAUUACCAACCCGAGCGUAUCUGAUGAAACAAAGGAGUCUGCAAAAGAACGCCUGGAGGAGAUGGGUGCUUGA